AUGCUGCGCAAUGUGAACGUAAACGCCGCCGCCGCCAGUGGCAGCAGCAGCAUCUUUGGUAGUGCCGCCGCGGCUGCAGCAGCGGCUGCCGGUCUCAAUACGCUGCACAACAGCAGCAGCAAUAUUGGCGGUAAUAUUGGCAGUAGCAGCGCCGGCAGCGGCACCAGCACCAACAAUGGGAAUACACAUGAUAUACACCUGGAGCAACAUCAUCCACAUCAUCACCAUCAUCAUCAUAGCGCCAGCCACCCGCAUCAUCAGCAAUUAACGCAUCCGCAUGCGGCGCAUCAACUGAUGCAACAACAACAACGCAAGGCCUACCUUAAGUCCAUGCAACAACACUACCAACAACAACAGCAACAACACAGCGCAGCCAGCAGUGCUACCAGCGCCGCACACAAGUUGAGCGCGCAUCAACAACAAUUGCUGCAAAGUCAGUUGACGCCACCGGAACUGCAGGAUGACGCAUCGAAUAUCACAACCGAUCUGAAUGAAGAGCAACAAUUGCAGUUGCAGCAAGCAGCGCAACAACAACAUCAGCAGUUGUACAACAAUUACCAACAAUACGCGGCGGCCGCCUCGUACCGCAACUGGAACCAUGGACUGGCGCUAAAUGGCGCGGCAGCGCUACAGAAUCUGCUGUAGUGUUGCCAACACUAAAUGGCUGUGUGCGUUGACAAAGCGGUGCUUUGUUGCCGGGCGGUUCGUCUGCGACAUGUGUGUGUGCGAUUCGGUAGGCGACUGCCGCAGCAAUUAGCGUACAGUUGGCGAAAGGCGUGCGUACGUGAGCCAUUAGGCCGUCGAGGAUUGCUUGUUGGUACAUGGAUUACGCGCGGUAUAGUGGAGCGCUGUAUAUAAAGGCGUUGAGUGCGUGGUUGGUUGCUAUUUUUGGCGCGCUUUUCUGCGCAUGCGUUAGCGGACAAGCGCGCGGUGAAGAUGUUGCUCGCGAAUACACAAAUGAAUGGUUCAAUGCACAUAACUUUCCACGAGAAGAUGUUGUAAAUAUGUAUGUAGUCUUAGGUAUAGUCUUUAUUCUUUUUUAACUUUUUCUUUUUGAUUUUGUUGCAUACAACUGUCUGCUUAUACGCCUUAAUUAUAUAUAUACUAACUGCAGCAACUCAUUGAGUUUAGCUUUUGGCUACUGUUGACAGUGCUGUGCUUGUAGAUAUGUACAAUUUAAGCAUAUGUAUUUACAUAUAAUAUAUAUGUGUGUGCUGUACUUUUAUUUGUAUGCAUGUAUGUAAUAUGCAGCUGGAUUUCUUCUUCUUCAUUGUAAGCAGCAAUCAAAAGUGAUGUAGUUUUGUAAGCGAAAAUGUUUUCCAAUUUAAGUAAGAAUAAUAAUUUCAAAUUAUGAUCGAUUCAUAAAAAUUGCACAAACCCCCACAAAAAACAAUAUUUGAUAUAUUGAUUACAACAAAAACAAAAAGUUGUUCAUUUUUUAUUUAAACGCGCUAAGGCAUUUAUGCUUUUUAUUUUUUUAAUUUUGUGUCCAUUAGCUUUAAGUGCGUCUUUUGAGCAAAGUUCACAAAUAAACCCUGGCCGGUUAUCCAUUUGACACAACUUCGGUGCCAUGUACAUUAUGUAAACACACGCACAUUUGUGUAUGUAUGUAUAUGUAAAUGAAGACAUAUUUAGCGGUAGCAAGCAAAAAUAUGAAAAAAAUUAUAAAAUUAACAAUAAUAUUUUUUUAUACAAAAUAUUUACUUUUUAAGCGCUGUAUAUUUAAUUAUGCAAAUAUUUUAUUUUUUUUUAGUUUAUAUAAUCACAAAUAUAUAAUUUCAUUCAAAUAUUUUAUGCUUAUUUUGUAUUUAAGUUAACUUUCUUUUAUUAUUAUUAUAAAAAUUAUUAUUAUUUCCAUUUAGUAUUUAGUCCCGUUAUGCGCCAAACACUUUGUUGUUAUGUACGCGUUAACGCAAUGCAAGUGCAAUUGUUGUAAAUUUGAUGAAAAAAUAAAAAAAAUAGUUUUUAUAUAAUUAUGUGGAAAAUGCGUGUGUACGCUAGCCGUACAACGCUAACCAAAUUCGAAUUGAAAUGAUCAAAAACCAAAAAAAAAAAAAUUAAGAAUCUUCAGCAAAUGUAUAACUAAAAUUAUUUUAAUGAUUUAGUAUUUAAUUUUUAUUUUUAGUGUGAUGCGCUUUUCUAUAAAAUUUUAAUAAUUGUUUAAUUGGAAUAGAACUGGCAUAUAUGUACAUACAUUAGGGAUGUUCACAAUUUAAUAUAAUGUAUUUCUGUUACUUACUUUAAUUUACAAAUAUAUAAAUGCAAAAAUAAAAUAUAUAAAUUUGUUUUCUUUCUUUGAUUUUUGACAAUCUCAGUACAAAAGAGGACUCAGAUUUAUUGUGAAUUCCAAAAAAUUAAUUGAAAAUAAAUUUCAGCGGAUUUUCUGCCGAGAGUUUGAAAAUUUAGUUAGGUUUAAUUUUAAAAGUUAAAAAAAAAACAACAGUAGGUGUUUUGAUAAUUUUUACAAAUUAUAAAAAACAAGGGCAACAAAAACAACAAUUAUUAUUUUGAUAAUUGAAAAAAUAUAUAAAAAAUAAGAACAACUACAAUAAUUAGUGUUUUAUAAAUUUUGAUUAAAUAAAAUUAUAAGUUUUAUUUAAUUUAUUUUUUUUUAUUUAAAUUUUUAAUCAACAAUAAAACGAGUUCUGGUUAUAUUAAAAACAUAUUAUGAAAAUAACAACAACAAAAUUUUACAAUUUUGGAUAUAUUUAAAAUUUUAUAAAAAUAACAACAACACGAUGAGUGUUCUCACAACUUUGUUUUCAUAAAUUUUUUUAAAUAUAAUUAUAAGUUUUUUUUAACAAUGGACAAGGACAUGCCUAAUGUAUGUAUAUGUAUAUAAAAAAAUCCACAAAUGCCUACAAUAAUUGAAAUUAGCACAAAAAUGCAAGAACCAUGAAUUUCCAGCUGACUUCUUAUUACUUUGUAUAAAAUAAAUUACAAAAUCCGAAGAAAUAAAUUAUAAACAAAAUAAAAACUGCAGCUAAAGAGCAACGAAGUUUUACGAAUGCCACUAAAAUAUAAUUAAAAUCAUUAAAUUGCAAAAACACACGAAUUAAAUUAAAAUAAAAAACAAUAGCAAAAACCAAAACAAAAAAUAAAACAAAUGAAAGUGCAUCAACUUAAAUAAUAAAAAAUAAACUGUAUGUAUGUAUGUAAAAAUUAUUGCAAAUAAAUUGAAACAUUUUUUCACGAAAGCUUAGCUAAAUGCAAUAAAAACUAUGAACGAAUGAUGUCGGUUAAUCCGUUAGGUUACCUUAACAAUUAUAUAUAUACAAGUAACAUUAAACACAAUAUAUAUAAGCACAACAGAAAAAAUAAAACUUAUGUAAGCAAAAAGAAAAACAAAAAAAAGAAUUGUUAAAUAAAAAUUGUGUAAAAAGACAAAGAAAUUUAGAGAAAAUACAAAAAAGACUACAUAAAAUAAUAUGCAUAAAGCAAAUUUGAAUUGUUAAUGCUGUAUACAGUAGCGUAAUAGAGGAACAGAGGAAGCUGCGGCGUCGUACGCUUAGCUACGCCCCGUACGUUGUGAUUGGCGUGUAAUGUUUUUCUAUUUUAUUUUCUAUUUUCUAUUUGUAUAAAGCAAAAACACAACGCACAUGCUAGUCAUGUGUCAUAGUUAAGUAAGAGAUAAAUAUUAAAAAUAUGUAAACCUAUAAUAUAGUGUACUAUGUCCGAUAUACCUAAUCGUAACUAAAUAUAUUCAAAUAAUAGCAGCUGUGCAGAAAACACAAAACGAAAACAAAAACAAAACAAAUGGCAAGCUAUAAGUAAUGGUAAUGAUUAACUCUAAAAC